AUGAUCGCUGCAAUGAGGCCAACACAUGCGCACUCCACUGCGCCUUCCGUCCACUCAAGACCAAGUUCACGCAACUCAUCCCACAACCCGUCAUCCGCCGUCGCUUCGCCUUCUGCGCAAUCCAAGAACGUCAAGCUUGCCGCCAAAGCUGCAUCCAACGUCUCAAACGGCGUCUCUGGCAAGAAGGCGUCAGCUGCUAAAAAGGCCGCCAAAUCGCAACAGAACGCCGACGCAACCAAACCUAGUACCUCCUCACCCGUGCCUGGCCUCAUCACGUUGACUAAGCCCAUGUCUGACGAAAUGCAAGCUUCCAAGCAGCAGCCCGCAAAAGCCAAGAAGGCGAAGGAAGCCAAAUUUGCGGCCGAUGAGGCCAACUCUACUCCUGUCAAGUCUUCACGUUCCAAGAAGUCAAAGACGUCUCCCAAAGCGGACGCCUCCGAGAUGCUCCUCUCCAAAUCCGCCCCUUCCGCCCCGCUCGCUCACGCUCACGCGCAACAUCCUUCACAGAACAAGCACAACAACGACGCCGGCGACCAAGUUCCAGCCCUCACCUGGCAGCAAGAGAUGUUUAGGAACACCUCCAAAUCGAACGCCGAUCUGUCGCACCAAGGCAACAGCUCCAAGCGCACCAACAAAAAGUCGACCAAGCACGAUGGCAACUUGGCCCAUCCACAACAGGUGCAGGACGGUCGGGACUCGCCUGCGCUGACCUGGCAGCAAGAGCUGCUCGGAGCCAAAAAGCGCGCAGGUCCCCAUUUCGACGUCUUUGCCGAUUCGCGUGACGUCGAGACCUUUGGAGCUGGCGAUGGUGCUUCUCAAGGCAAUGGUCAGGCCAAUGGCAAAGCAAAUAAGAGGCGCCCCAGAGCCGGCAGCUUUGGCUCUGGUGGCCAGAAGAAUGGCAAGAGCGUCACCAAAGGUCGCGCUAAUGACGUUCCCCUUCACAUUGACGAUCUCUUUGAGUCUGCAAAGGCAGAUGGCAUGGCCAAGUCCAAGUCUGCACAAUCUCAGCGCAUCCCUGGCGGGAACGGCAACGCUGCCCAUCUACACACUCAUUAUCCUUCGCACGGUGCGCCCAUUCACAUUGCGCCGUCCACCCCGGUCAAGAAGGCCAACAACGCCAAUAACGCCAAUCAACAGCAGCAUCACCCUGCCGUCGCAGCCGCCAUCGCUUACGCGGGCCCCAACUUCCACAAUUCGCCCUCCCCCGCCAGCUUGCCCGCUCCCAAGUUCCACAAUCGACUCAGCAAGAACAGCUCUGAGCUUGAUCGAGGCAGCAUGCGUCCCUCGUCGCUUGCGACGGGCAGCAGCGGAGAAUCGACCGGCAGCGAUGACGAGAUUGAGGAGCUGACUCGCGGUGUGCGUGGCACCACUGCUCCAGCCGAAAUGACGAGCACACCUUCGAAAGCGCCUGCUCCUGCUGCCAUCCCCUCGCACAACAUCGCUGCAGCCGAAUCGCCUGCCGCCAAAUCCAGCGUGCAGCCCGGCGCAACCGUCGAGAGCCUUCUUGCUCGCAUGCUCGGAGGCGCCAGACUCAACUAA